AUGGCCAAGUUCAAGCAUCUCGAGGGUCUCUCUGACCUUGCCCUCCGAGAUCAAGAUGCUCUUUCCCGAUUCGGACAAGGCGCUCAUCAACUAACUCCUCACUCGAAGGUUCACGAAGCCUUCGAGAGCAAAGUCGAUGCUAAUCCAGAUGCACUUGCAGCCGUCUUCGAGGACAAAGUCCUCACAUAUCAGCAGCUGGACACUGCGGCGAAUCGACUCUCCAACCAUCUUCUCGCGUCCGGGUUGCAGCCAACGGAGCGAGUCUGCCUGGUAGUAUCGAGGUCCCUGGAGAUGCUCAUAGGCAUCUUCGCCAUCUUGAAAGCAGGCUGCCAAUACGUCCCAAUUGACGGUGGCGUGGCGUCGGACAAGCAACUAGCCCACAUAUUCAACGACACCGCCGCGCACCAUAUCCUCUGCUUGCCUAGAUUUCAGUCGCGCAUCGAGAAGUUUGCUGGCCUAGGCGCGCACGUCACGUGUCUUGCUCUCGACGCUCACUUCGAGCAGUCGCCCGCACGGCCGUUUAUCGAUUGCAUCUCUACUGAUGGAUGCUAUGCUAUCUACACAUCAGGAAGCACAGGAACGCCAAAGGGCGUUGAUGUUUCGCACGCCAACGUCACCAAUGCCCUGUUACUCGAGCCCGCCAAUCUCGGCAUACGGCUAGGGUCCAAGGUCGGCUCGGUCUUGAGCGUGGCGUUUGACAUGGGAGCGUGGGAGAUCCUCGCGUGUCUCAUGAAUGGCGGCACUUUGUACAUGAGAGGCUCGAGAUGGGAUGCCACACUGCGACAGAUUGACACGUUGAUAUCGACGCCUUCCAUCCUCUCCAAGUACAGAAGAGCAGACUAUCUGAACAUCAAGACGGUGGUGACCGGAGGCGAACCCUGUCCGCAGAGUCUCGCAGAUGAGUGGGCAGAAGGCACUUGCUUCUACAACAUCUGUGGCCCCACUGAGAUCACGAUUCUAAACUCAGCGCAUCGGCACACGCCGGGUGCUGCGCUGUCGAUUGGGAAGCUGCUCCCCAACACAACAUGUUACAUUCUGGAUGAAUACGAAAACCCAGUCGCACUCGGUGAAAAGGGGUCUGCGUGGGUCGGAGGCGCAGGGGUAACCCGGGGCUACAUCAACCUGCCGAAGUUGACAUCAGAGCGCUACAAGCUCGACAAGUUUAGAAACGACGGGUCUGUGAUGUUCAACACCAACGACAUCGUUCGAUGGCGAGAGGACGGGUCGCUGGAGACGUUCGGCCGAGGUGAUGACCAGGUCAAGAUCAAGGGCUUCCGAGUUGAACUGGACGGUGUGUCCGCUACCAUUGAGAAUUACGACGGCAUCUCAAGAGCCGCCGCGUUGAAAAUCGACGACGGUCUGCAUGCAUUCUAUGCCGCCUCAAAACCCAUCGAGGAAGAGGAUCUGGUCGCCGCGGUCAAACAUGCGCUGCCCUACUACUCCAUCCCGACGCGCUGGCACUUCGUCCGUGCAAUUCCGCUCACCCCCAACGGCAAAGUUGAUAAAAUCGCUCUUCGCGAUCUGGCCGCCGGCCGUCGCGGCCGAGCAGACUCUGUCACAACCAUAACCACAGCCGUGCCGAUGGAUUCCGUUACGUCCGACGUCGGACUUUAUCCACCCCCACUAGCUUUGUCGCACGGACAAAGUCUGGAUUUCGAGAAGGAGUCAAGAUCCGUCGCGACAGCGAUCUCGACACCGACUUCAGACUCGUCGAAGAGCAUCAUUGACAUCGAAAAGGGAUCGGUCGCCGUCGAAGAAGGGUUCCCCGAAGUCGCAGAUGCGCUGCCGCAGAAGCGCGGGCUGCACGGCCAACGAUGGGUCCGACACAGGGCGUUCAUCUUGUAUCGGCGGUUCUUCUCCGUCGUGCUCAUGGCCAACCUGGCUGUGGCGGGAUUCAUUCUGCACCGCAAGAUUGCCCUGGGGCAACGGGUGCUGGGUGAUCUCGCUACGGCUGCGGCGUCCAACCUCUGCGUGGCGGUGCUGAUGCGCUCCGAGCCCGUUGUUAAUCUGCUCUUCACUGUCUUCUGCUCGGUUCCGACGUGGUUCCCGCUUGCGAUUCGACGACACUGCGCGCGUAUCUUCCACAUCGGAGGGAUCCACAGCGGGUGCGCGAUUGCGGCAACCGUCUUCUUCACCAUUUUUACAAUCACGGCUACGGUGGAGGUAGCCACGGAAGACUCGUCACAGAGCGUCUCGACAGCCGUCCUGGUCCUCUCGUAUCUGAUCAUGGUUCUGCUGAUCGCCAUUGGCUCCCUGUCGCACCCCAGCAUCCGCGCCAAGUACCACAAUAUGUGGGAAACGAGCCACCGCUUCGGCGGCUGGACAGCGCUGAUCCUCCUCUGGGUCCAGAUCUUCCUCGCAUCCACAGAUCUUAGCCCCAACACGGCUCCCUCGUCAGCCUACCUCCACUCGCCUCCGGUGUGGCUGAUCAGCGUCGCCACCGCAGCCGUCAUCUUCCCCUGGGUACACCUGAAAAAAGUGCCCGUCCGCUCCGAGGUGCUCUCCAGCCACGCGGUGCGGCUGUGGUUCGACUACACGACACCCGUAGUCGGCACCGCGGUGCGGCUGGCGGAGCGCCCGCUCGCAGACUGGCACGGCUUCGCGACCAUUACAAACCCCGUAACAGCUGCAAACCCGCACGCGACGGGCUUCUCGCUGAUCGUGAGCCGCGCGGGCGACUUCACCGGGCGCCAGAUCGAGCGGGCGCCGUCGCACAUAUGGGUCCGCGGGAUCCCGACGUGCGGCGUGCUGCGCAUCGCGACGCUGUUCCGGUCCGUCGUGCUCGUGGCCACGGGCUCAGGCAUCGGCCCGUGUCUGGCCGUGAUCCUGGCGAAGAAGGUGCCGGCGCGGAUCCUGUGGACGGCGCCGAACCCGGAGCAGACGUUUGGCAAGGAAAUCGUCGACAGCGUGCUCGAUACGGAUCCGCAUGCUGUCAUCCACAACACGAGGACCAUGGGCAAGCCGGAUAUGAGUCUGAUGGCGUAUCGGCUGUGGAAGGAGAGCGGGGCCGAGGCGGUGUGCAUCAUCAGCAACAAAAAGUUUACGACCAAGGUGGUGUAUGAUAUGGAGGCGAGAGGGAUUCCAGCGUACGGGGCGAUUUUCGAUUCGUAG